GUUCAAAAGUCCAAGGUCGUCACCAGACCGCUCACUAAUCAGUAGUUGUGGCCCAAUCACAUAUACAGUGAAAAAGAGGCCCAUCUGAAAUUGCUGAGUCUAUCUCUCUCCUCUUUCGUCUUUGUUCUUUUUACAGUUUUUGGGGAUUCUUCUACUUCUUCUCCGACGAUCGAUGCAAAAAACUCCAUUGACGUCGCUCCAUUUCUGAGUUUCUUCUGCAACUCUUAAGUUUUUCUGAUCUUGUCAGUCUCUCUCCUCUUUGAUUCAUCUUUGAGGAGGAAAGAGAAACCAGAGAGAGAGAGAGAUGAUAACGCGGCAUAAUUUGGCGGACCAGCUCAGAGAGUACCAGAUUCGAAACAAACAUGAUUGGGCUUCCUCUUCUUUUUUCACCUCUACUUCCAAUUUCACUUCUAGGGUGGAUAUAGUGAUCUUUGUAAUCUGGGAGCUCGUUAUUCUUGCAUUCCUGGUUUUGUCUGGAGUCUCACUAUAUUUCCGACAUGUGCGACUUGCAUUUAUUUUGUUAUGUGUGACAUUGUUUCUACUUCUGUGCAUGAAAGUCUCAAAGCAAAUACGUUUGGCACGUAAGAAGAAACGAAGGAUGCUUCUACCAUUAUCAAUGUAACUUCUUAUAGGCUACGCUCUGUAAAAAUGUGAGAUCGAUUUACCAUAUUAUUCUUCAAUUUUGCUCUUUCAUAUUUUCUGAUUGGCAACAGAGCUCAAAGUAGAUGAUAGUUGUGUGAGUUUGUGUCAAUCUAUGGCUACCAAGGAGUCUCAAGCCUGCAAUGUGAAUCACAUUAGACCUCAUGCUAUCCCAGAGGGCUGUUUACAGUGACACUGUCACAUUUAUCAUAUAUAGCUAUUUACACAACACAUGGUUGUCGGUUGCUAGUAUGGCAAUUAAACUUUGCAUUCAUUCAUUAGAGAAGGAUGUAAUAUUGUGAAAAUCUUACACCACAGCAGAAUUUACAGAAGCCACAGGGGCAAGUUCUAGUGUUUCUUAAAAAUUACAA